ACGUUUCCUUCAGAUUCCACCAUCUUCAGUCAGUCAUGUGAAGGACAAAGACUGAUCAAACAUCCACGGCACCACACAGCAACUGACACUUGUCAGACCGAGCUUAGUCACUGGUCACUUGCAGCUACCUCUAACCUGACUUCUUGCUGUAUUUAAAGCAAGGGCUACACACAAGUUUGCCAAAGAAAAGAAAGAGGCUGACAGCAUAAGGAAUGGAGUAAUCUUGAGCCAUUCAUACAAUCAUUGAAUCAUACAACAUGGAAGCCUCUGUCAUGGCCUCUUUGGCCUUGAAACCAUCUCCAUCUCUAUUCUUGGAUCGAUCGAGGUUCCCAGGCGUCAAGCCAUCAGCAAGAUCUUCAGCCUUCAGAGUAAUGGCCAAGAAAGCAAAGAAGAUCCAAACUUCUCAGCCUUUCGGCCCAGCAGGAGGAUUGAACUUAAAGGAUGGUGUUGAUGCAUCUGGAAGGCCAGCCAAGGGGAAGGGUGUCUACCAGUUCACCAGCAAAUACGGAGCAAAUGUUGGUGGGUACAGCCCAAUAUAUAACCCAGAAGAAUGGUCUCCAAGCGGCGACGUUUAUGUUGGAGGAAAGACAGGGCUGGUGCUCUGGGCAAUCACUCUUGCUGGAAUUUUGCUGGGUGGUGCUCUUCUUGUCUACAAUACUAGCGCCUUGGCUUCUUGAAGCCCAGCUUCAGAAAAUAUAAACUAUGAACCAUGCAGUGUCGUUUAGUUUAGAUAUAUCUGUAUCCAGCUAUGUCACUAGAAUCCGUAGGAGAUGUGAAUGAAAAAUCCUUAAAUAAGUAAUGUUGUUAUGUGUUGUGGCCAAGAAAAUAGCUGACACUUGUGAAGUUUUAUAGAUUUGAAACUCUAUCGAUGAAAGAA